GAAAUUCUCUAAGGAGUGUACAACCGCGGCCGUGAACGGUUUCCGCAUUGUGGUCGCGAUCGGUUGCAUACAGUGAAGUGCCUGGAUUUGUAACGUUUGUGAUUUUUUUUAUAGAAAAAUUCCCGAAAAAGUGCACAGGAUGUAUUCGACUGAAGCUGUCCUUUGCACAAUCGCAGUAUGCAUACUCACGGUAGCGGGAUCACCACUAGAAGACGGCAAAUGGCAUCCGUACAAAUAUGGGGACGACGGCAAGUACAUCCCAACCGACGAAGGAAAGUAUAUCCACAUACCGAACCCUUACAUUCACAUCAACAACCCCUACGACGGCGGCUACGGGCCCUACAGCCACGACUACGAGCCCUACGUAGGAGAAGCGACUGUGGACAGAUACCAGCAUGUCUUGACCCCUCCUGACGAGCUGUUACCUUACUACAAGGAUGGGUACUACAGGAAUAACGGGAUCAAGAUUAUCAGGCAGAAGCAUAAUUAUGAGGAGGAUAAAUACGACUUCGAUUUCGAAACUGAAAACAAGAUUCGCGCCGAAGAAAAAGCUUUCAUCAAAAACCCGAACACUGAGGAUGAGGGCAUUGCUUCGAAAGGCUUCUACGAGUACAUCGGCCCCGACGGCUUCUUAUACAGGGUGGACUACACAGCCGACGAGAACGGUUUCAGGCCGGUCCAGCGAAGAAUAGAAACACCCUACUCCGGGAAAUGGGUGCUGAAGAAAGUAGAAUGAACAUCAACUCCACAACUCUCAUGAAUCCUUAGAUUUUAACGAAAAGCGAAGAUUCGGCAUGUGCUUUCAUUUGCUUUGAAAGAAGAUGGCCCUGACAACAUGGUGAAUGUCAGUGUCAGUGAGUGAAAUAAAGUUGUAUUUUAUAAAUGAAAAGUGAUGCCGUGGAAAUUGUUGUUAGUACUUGAAUUGUUCGUACACUUUCUUAACAUACAAGACGGCUCUGCGCGCGUGUAUUUGGUAGGUCAGACCGAUUGUGACCUCUGAUGAAGGACUUCGUUUGAGUAUGCUGUAUCUUCCCUUUUUGUCCCAAUAAUCUAAGCAUGAAUCAGUAUUUCAACUAGGCUUCGCAAACCAUUCCUACACUCGACUGUUUAUUAUAGAUGACAUAACAAAACAUAAUAAUUUGACAUUUGAACAAUACUAGGAUCAACCUAGUUUCCUUUGAAAAUGUUUAGGUAAUUGUAAUUUAUACAUUAGGUUAAGCGCUUAGAUCGUACUUAGAUAUUUAUUUAUGAAAUGUGAUAAUAAAGUUGUAUUUCUACGA